AUGUUCAUACGUCUCUGUCUGGACUUUGUACUCUGACCCUAAAUAGACUCUAUACGCGUGUGCGUGAGAGCAAGGAGGGGUCUGUGGGAGUGGGAUAAUAGGAUCCAACAUGAAUUUUUUUCAUUUUUGAUUCGAAAUUUUGAAAAUUAGCCUGGAAUGGUGGUGGGGAUACUGAUGUGGUGCUGCAAAGAAAAAUAGAAAACCUCCAACAAUUUUCUUCACUCUGAAGCUUUUUCUUCCCACCUUUCCACACACGGGUGGCACAGAUACUAUUCUUCUCUCUCUCCUGAAACCCCUCUCUCUCAUACGCACGCCUUUUUUUUUCACUUUACAACCUUUCUUUACUUUUAUAUCUCUGUGUUGCAGUCUUUAAUGGCUGCCCCACAACUAAUUUUCGUCCAUUUUAACAAGUGGCUUUUGGUUUUCAUCCUUGAGGGUCUUUCUUUUUGGUCGGUAUGGAAUUAGAUACUCUCUCAUCCAAACAGUAAAGCUCCAGUUUUUACCCUUUUGUGUGUUGAGUGUCUGUCAAUACCUGAUUGAAUUUCUUGAGUUUUUAUUGGAAAGAAAGGUCAAUUUUUUACAAAUAUUUUGUGGAUAUCUCUGGAAUUUUUCGUUUCUUUGGUCAGAAGUUGAUGAAGAAUCAUUACAGUGAAAAACUUGAUUUUUUCAUCAAAAUAAUAAAUAUGAAUUGAAUUUUAAGCUUGAUUGUGUGAAGAGUUUUGUGAAGUGAUCUUAUUGUCCUUGAAUGCAAGAUUGGAUGACUUUCAGGAUUUUGAUCAAGUCUUCUAAGGAAGUAAGGGGCCCAAGAUUAUAGAUUUUGGCAUUUUUUAUGUUGAGUGGAAAUUCUGAUAAUUGGUUUCUUUGGGGGGAAGAUCAAUUUGGGAUUGCCAAAAGCACUUUUCAGAAAAAAGUGAAGAAGCCAAAAACUUGAUUCUUUGCCAGACACGGAAGGCAAAAGUUCCUUGAGCUUUACUGUAUUAGAUAACUUGUGUAAUCUGUGUUUCUUGAAGUAUGUGUGCCUACAUGGUUGAUCAAAUUUCAGAUUUGCUGUAAAGAGGAAGGAAAAUUAGCUGAAGUUGAAAGAUUGGAGGCCCUAAAAUCACUCGUUAUGGCGAAGAGAUCACAGAGACGCCUGUCACGGCAUGAAAGGGAGCAAGCAGGUUGUAUAUGGAGCUUUAUUAGCAUAUUGGACUUCCGCCAUGGUCGAUCCACCCGAAAAUUGAUUGCCAAUAAAAGGCGAGCGAGCAGACAAGCCGUUGGUGCCGGAAAUUCAAUUACGAGUCCAACUGGAACGUGUCAAAAUGCGGAUGGUGAAGAAAGUAAGGUGGCAGUGGCUCAUGUUGCUAGGAUAAGUGUGAAGGAACUCAUGCAAGAAGAGAUGUUCACUGAGCAAGGCUUGAAGAACGAGGCAAAUGGGUCUGAAAUAUGUUUGAAUCAAAUUGAUUCAGAACAUGGACCUGUAAAAAAGAGUCACAAGCGAAUAGACAGAACUCGCAAGAAAUCUAGUGAUAUGGAUCUCCCCAAGUCGGAUGCUGCGGAAACUUUGGUGUACAACAAAGUUCCCGAGCAAAAAUCUUCAGAUACUCCUGAAUGGGAAAUAAUGGAAGAAAUAUCCCAAAUUUACCAGAAAUUUUCAAGCUUCAUGAAGCGGGACUCUCACGAUGAUCUUGACAUGCCAUCUGAUCAGAAUUUCUCACUUGAAGAAAAAUUGGUUGAGGCAAUAAAGGUAUUUAGUGAUCAAAGGUUGAGUAGCAGUAAGCAUUUUGGUGAAGAGGUGAGAACCCAUUUUUCGAAAGAGUUCAUGGAUGCUUUGCAAACUUUAAGUUCAAAUGAGGACUUGUUCUUGAAACUACUACAAGAUCCUAACUCCAUACUGGUGAAGCACAUGCAAAACUUGGAUGAUACUCAAUUAGAGAAAGACCAGAAACCCAGUUCUUUGAUCGGACCUGGUUUGUCUAAGGAGAAGCUAAACCACUCGAAACCUGAUGAUCUUUUAGAUCGUAAACACCGUAAAUUCUUCCACAGAAAGAGCAAAUCUCUUGAAAGCUGCCCCACAGGAGGAAACAAAAACUGCCAAUCUUCCAGUAAAAUUGUCAUCUUGAAGCCUGGACUAGCAGGGUCAGAGAGUCCCCCUGCUGAUAUCAGAAUCAGUACGUCUUUGCUGUCGCCUGACGCCGUUAAAAAUAAGGUGCAGAAUGAGAGAAAUACAUCCCAGUUCUCUUUUACCGAAAUUAAAAGAAAGCUGAGGCAUGCAAUGGGAAAAGAGAAGCCAGGGAUUGUUCCUGAUAGAUUGGUCCAUAAAUUUCCUUCUAAGCACCAAAAUGGGAACGAUACUGACAAAAAUGCUAGUGGAGAAAUUGUGGGCUGGAGUUCUCCAAACAGGGACCAUUUCUAUACUGAAAGAUUUGCCAAAUCCCCAACUGGCUUUAAGAGCAGUGAACAAUUGGGAAAAUCAAAAGUUAAUGGUGCAGAAAUGGCAAACGAAACCUUUAAUUAUCCAAGGAAAGGGGUGUCUAAUAUCUAUAUCGAGGCUAAGAAACAUCUUUCUGAGAUGUUGAAGAAUGGGGAUGAAAAUGCAGAGGCAGGGAGCCACCGUUUACCAAAGUCCCUGGGCAGGAUUCUUUCUUUUGCUGAGUACAGCGAUUCUCCAAGCUGCAGUCCUAGGAAAUGUGGUGAUGAUAUAUUCAUAACUGCCCAGACGAGGUUAUCUCCUCGAGGAAUGACUAACAACAUGAACGGGCUUGUGCAAGAAAACCAUGAAAAUCAUCCGAAUUCAUCUGGGCCAAACUUAGAGAGUCAUCUUCCCAUAGGUGGUGACAAUGCCAAUGAGAAAAUACAAUCUCAUAAUAGAGAGAUAAAUAUUCCAAGCAAAGAUGAUCAUGGUUAUUCUGCAGAAACUCAGUCUUUUACCCAUGAUGUCAUAAUUCUUAAAGCUCCGAAUUCGUCUUCAAGAGUUGUGGAGAUUGAAGAAACAACUGGAUCAAGUACUGAGGAAGGGGGAAAACAUAUUACUAUUUCUAGAGAUAUGGCUAGUGAUCUAAUAACUAGAGAUGUGCAGGAUAGUGAUAUUGAAGAAAUGACCGUUGAAGAAAGUCCUCUCCAGUGCCUUAAAACGGCUCCAUUUGGAGAUGAUCAAGCAUUGUCUCCAUCAAUGUCGCCACCGCUCUCUCCAAUAAACAGGAAAGUUAAAGAACAUGAUGAUUGUGAAAUUGAUAAAAUGGAACGGCCCAGUCCCAUAUCUGUUCUUGAGCCAUUAUUCACAGAAGAUGUUAUCAGUCCUCCAAGUACGACAUCUCAGUCAGCCAAUGAAGAAAUUCAACCUCGACAAAUCCAUUUCGAAGAACAAUCUUCUGCUAGUGACCUGGGAAUUUGUACAAGAAUUUCUAUUGAGGGUGAGGAAACUGCAUUUGAAUAUGUGGAAGCAGUCUUGCUGGGUUCAGGUUUGAACUGGGACGAUUUUCUUUUGAGGUGGCUUUCUUUGAGCGAAAUUCUCGACCCAUCACUUUUUGAUGAAGUCGAGUUGUUUUCUAGUCGAUCUCGUCUUGAUCAGAAAAUCCUCUUUGAUUGUACUAAUCAAGUUCUAAAAGACAUCUGUGAGACUUAUUUUGGAUGCUUCACUAGAAUGUUAUUUGUUAAACAGAAAACUCGCCCAAUCCCAAUUGGUAUGAAUCUUAUUGACGAGGUAUGGGAAAAGGUUGAAUUACAUCUCUUUCAGCAUCCAUCAUUAGAGUCUCUGGAUCAACUUAUCAAGAAGGACAUGGCAAAACAUGAAAAAUGGAUGUACCUAGGACCAGAUAUCGAGCAUAUUGGUACUGAAUUAGGAGAGAGAAUUUUCAGUGACUUGGUCGAGGACACUGUGAUGAGUUUUGCUACUAAUGAGUUCACUGUGCUUCCAGUUGAAUACGAGGCAAUCAAAGAUAUUAUUGACUUAUAAACUCGAUCAUCUGUCUCACAAAAGUUUUAUGGUUCUCAUAUGUUUUUUCACAUAUGACAUGUUUGGUAAGGUGGAGUAAUAGUAUUGAAAGAAAUUAAAAUCUUAUUUAUUGCCUAUCAGUGCAAUCUAUUACUGCAUGCCAAACAUUCUCUUGGAGCUUUGGCUAAAGAAUCAAAUGAUAUACUGACACACUCCAAUAAAGUCUUGUGGUCAUAGUUUGGAUUUCUAAGUACAGAUGACUCUAGUGUGUGAAGGUUAUAGCAGAAGUUACAAUAUAAAUAAUCAUUGCCAAAAAUGUAGCCAUCUGUAAUGGGCUCUUCAGAAGAAGACAGAUUAUCAGUUUCUGCAUCACUCUAUCUAACCAGAAAAGGGCAGGGACGAGCUUCUCAGUGUAGAAUUUUCAGGGUUUGGUGUGUUUGAUGUGUGUUGUAUUCGUAUCUUUGGUGAAUUUCUUUUGUUUGCGAAUCUUGUUUUAUCAUAGGUUUGGUUUGUAAUUACAAUAGUCAAGAAUUUUCACUAGGGAUGAUAACUGAAACACUAUACAGAAGAAUGCAGAAUAAAAUCUUUUCAGGGUGUUGUCUAUAAAGAUUCUCUGUCAUUACUUCAAUCUUA